CAAGCUAUGUAAAUAUGCGUAUAUUAAUAAGAAGUUUCUGGUUGGUGGUUCUUGCUCUAAUAACAAUGUCAGAAGCAGAGAAAAAUGUUGAAGCACUGCGCUCCGUUUUGGAAGGUGCAGAUCAAUUUGGUUCUUCAUUUUUCAAGACUGUGGUACAAUACAAUCCUGGCAACCUUAUAAUGUCCCCUUUAAGUGCAAGUGUUGUUCUUGCUAUGGCUGCUUGUGGAGCUCGUGGAAACACAGAAGCCCAGUUUAGAAACGUACUUCAUCUGCCAACAUCAGAGAGUCUUGCCACAUCUGGUUAUCAGUCACUUAUUGAUAAUCUCAACAGUUUUAAAGACAAUAAACUGGUUAUUGCAAAUAAAGUCUUCGUAACAGCAAGUUUAAAUUUGAAACCAAGUUACAAAAAUUUAACUGAAGUUUAUUUCCGCUCUGCUUCUCAAUUGGUAAACUUUGCUCAAAAUAAAGAAGCUGCAAAUAUUAUUAAUAGUUGGGUCGAACAAAAUACAAAUAAUCUCAUUAAAGAGCUUAUAAGUGCUGAAAUGCUAGAUGACACGACAAGGUUAGUACUUGUCAAUGCAAUAUAUUUUAAAGGCCAAUGGAAAGAUAAGUUCGAUCCUAAAUCGACUAAGGACAUGCCAUUUCAUACUAGUAAAGUUGAAGUAAAAAAUGUUCCUACAAUGUAUAGACAUGGUAAAUAUAAACUUGGAAGACUUGCAGAUUUAAAUGCUAGAUUCAUUGAAAUACCAUACAAGGGUGACGAAUUGAGUAUGAUCAUAAUUCUUCCGAAUGAAAUUGAUGGUUUGUCUGAUGUUGAGAAAAGAUUACAAAGUACAAAUUUAACGAACAUUCUAAGUCAAGGAUAUGAGGAAGAAACGGCAUUAUGGUUACCAAAGUUCAAGGUGGAAAGUAUGCUUGAACUCAAUGAUGUUUUAAAAGAGAUGGGUUUGACUGAUGCGUUUACUACUGCUGAUUUUUCUGAGAUUGCUGAUGGUGAAAAUUUGCAUAUCAGUGAUGUUAUACAAAAGGCAUACAUUGAAGUGAAUGAAGAAGGAAGUGAAGUUGCCGUUGUUUAUAAUCCCAUGAUGGAUUUCAAGUGUGCUCCUUACAGGGCGAGGAUGAAAAUUGAUAAGCCUUUCUUUUAUUAUAUCAUAAAAACUAUGAAUGUUGGAAAGGAAAAUGAUAUGAUACUUUCACUAUUCUGCGGUUCUGUUAACGAACCCAAACUCUAAGGACAGUAGUGUCAUAAUAGCAAUAUCAUAGUAAUGUGAUAAUUAACACUUUACUGACCGCUAGCGGUUCAACGGCAUACGCACGUUCGACCGGCAGCUCAAGCGCCGAUUCUCUCUGGUGCCGGCUCUGUUUCGGUUUAGACUUUCCAAUACCAUUCUUUUCGUUCAUCGCGAACGGUAAGUUUUUCAAAUUGGUAUAAAACUGUUGGAGCUUAUAAAUCAACGCAACUGACGCAACUGAGCAAGGUAUCUUAGUACUAAAUAACAAAUUACUGUUCAAAUAAUGAGAAAGAUUGUCAGCAAUAAAAAGCCGAUUAAUAGGCUAUCGGUCGGUAAAGUGUUAAUGCGUAUGCUCCGUAGUUAUAAGCAUUCUAAUAAUGCCUUGUCUCACAAUAAAUGUAAACUUAUGUAAAUGAAACUUUUUCUUUA